GAAUUUUCAAUUUUCUAUUGAAUAUUUGAGUUGAACAAGCUCUUUGAAGUUUGAAGGGAAGAAAGAAAGAAAGAUUAAUAAAAAAAAAAAGAAAGAGAAAUUGUACUUUAAUUGCACAUGGUGAGAAUUUCAGUGCUUGAUUGGUAGAUGUUUGGUUGACAAGCUUCUUCAUCAUGCAUGCUUGCUCUCUAAGCAACUCCAGGAACCUUCACUGUUUGUUCUCUCUUUCUCUUUCUCUUACUUGAAUCUAAGUGAUGACUGUUUUCUAUAAAAAGGGCCAUCUUUUAUCUAUUUUUAGACUUGGAGUAGAAGAGGAGGUCUCCUUUUGUCUUUCUCCUUUUCUCUGGUGACAGAUUAAUUUAUUGAAGUUUUGGGAAGAGAGAUCAUAAUCUAGAUUCCAAAUGGGAGUUGGAGAUAAAGGAAUUAAGCAUUGAUACUGCUGAUCCAGUGGCUGGAGAGAAUGGGCAUAAUGGUGAGAUUGGUAUGAAUGCAGUAGCUUCAUCUUCCAGUAGUUCAGUGGUUAAACAUGGAAAGGGGAAAGAUCAAGAAGGUGAUACUGAAAAGAGUGAAAAGAAGAAUGAGACGACGAACACGGUUCCGUUCUACAAGUUGUUCUCAUUUGCUGAUUCCACCGAUAUUUUUUUGAUGAUUGCCGGCACCAUUGGAGCUGUAGCAAAUGGGAUUUCUAUGCCAUUGAUGACUAUCCUGUUUGGAGACAUGAUUCAAUCUUUUGGAGGAACAACGGAUAUCCAUGAUGUAGUCCAUGAAGUUUCCAAGGUAUCACUUAAAUUUGUUUAUUUGGCAAUUGGUGCGGGCGUGGCAUCUUUUCUUCAGGUGACUUGCUGGAUGGCCACCGGAGAAAGACAGUCUGCAAGAAUAAGGAAUUUAUACUUGAAAACAAUCUUGAGGCAAGAAAUUGGAUUUUUUGACAAGGAAACAAAUACAGGAGAAGUUGUCGGAAGAAUGUCUGGUGAUACUGUUUUGAUUCAGGAUGCUCUCGGUGAGAAGGUUGGCAAGUUUAUCCAGCUAACAUCAACAUUCUUUGGAGGUUUUAUAAUAGCAUUUAUCAAGGGUUGGCUUCUUUCCCUGGUUAUGCUGUCCAUAAUUCCUCCACUUGUGAUAGCGGGUGGAAUCAUGGCUCUUGUUAUAUCAAAGAUGGCAUCACGUGGACAAGAAGCUUAUGCAGAAGCAGCUAACGUUGUCGAGCAGGCCAUUGGUUCUAUUAGAACUGUUGCUUCUUUUACAGGCGAGAGAAUUGCUGUGAACAAAUACAAAAAGUAUCUGACAAAUGCUUAUUUGUCCACUGUUCAAGAAGGUCUAGCUUCUGGAGCAGGUUUGGGAACGGUAACGCUCAUUAUGUUCUGUGGAUAUUCUCUUGGCGUAUGGUAUGGAUCAAAGUUGGUACUGGAUCAUAAAGAUUAUACGGGCGGUAAAGUCAUUAACGUGAUAUUUGCACUUCUAGUUGGCUCAUUCUCUUUAGGCCAAACAUCUCCAUGCACAAAGGCAUUUGCUGCAGGACAAGCUGCUGCAUACAAAAUGUUUGAGGCUAUCAAGCGAAAGCCUUUGAUCGAUGCAUAUGAUACAAAAGGGAAGACAGUUGAUGAAAUUCGAGGAGAUAUAGAAUUUAGAGAUGUUCAUUUUACUUAUCCAGCCAGGCCAGAUGAGCAAAUAUUUAGAGGAUUCUCUCUGUCGAUUCCAAGCGGCAUGACUGUAGCUUUGGUUGGAGAGAGUGGAAGUGGUAAAUCGACAGUAAUCAGUUUGAUUGAGAGGUUUUAUGACCCACAAGCAGGAGAAGUGCUUAUAGAUGGUAUAAACCUCAAGGAAUUUCAACUGAGAUGGAUCAGAGGAAAAAUUGGUCUUGUCAGCCAGGAACCUGUCCUAUUUGCUUCUAGCAUUCGAGACAAUAUAGCCUAUGGCAAAGACAAUGCCACCACCGAAGAAAUUAGAACUGCAGCCGAGCUUGCAAAUGCUUCCAAAUUUAUCGACAAGAUGCCUCAGGGAUUGGACACAAUGGUUGGUGAGCAUGGAACUCAGUUAUCAGGAGGACAGAAACAAAGAAUUGCCAUUGCCAGAGCGAUCCUGAAAGACCCUCGCAUACUUCUUCUGGAUGAAGCCACGAGUGCUCUUGAUGUCGAAUCUGAACGAGUCGUGCAGGAAGCACUCGAUAGAAUCAUGACCAACCGAACUACUGUAAUUGUUGCUCAUCGUUUGAGUACCGUGAGGAAUGCUGAUACAAUUGCUGUUAUUCAUCGAGGAUUGAUUGUUGAAAAAGGUGACCUUCUCUUCAACUAUAAUCUUUGUUUAAUAAGCUUGCACACUUGGUAUACUUCAGCACUUAACAAAUUUUUUUUCUUCUUUUUGUCAGGAUCACAUUCUGAACUUGUCAAGAAUCCAGAGGGAGCAUACUGCCAACUCAUCCGCUUGCAAGAAAAGAACCAACAUUCAGAGCAAGUUAGUCAGUCUGAUCAUGAGAAGCCUAGUUUGUCACUGGAUUCAGCAAGGAAGUCAAGCCAGCACAUGUCCAUAAACCGGUCCAUUAGUAGAGGAUCAUCUCUGGGGAACAGCAACCGCCAUUCUUUCACUCAAACAUUCGGUUUGCCAGUUGUUGACACAACAGAAAUUAAGUUGGAGGAAGGAAAAGAUACACCAUUGCCUACCAAAGAAUACAAAGAAGUGCCUCUUCGGCGACUUGCUUAUCUUAACAAGCCAGAGAUACCAGUGUUAAUUCUUGGUUCAUUUGCUGCGAUCGUCAAUGGGACGGUAUUCCCGAUUUUUGCACUGUUACUUUCCAGUGUGAUAAACACAUUCUAUCAGCCACCGGAAAAGCUCAAGAAAGACUCUAAGUUCUGGGCUCUAAUGUUUUUAAUCUUCGCUUUCGUGUCUUUUGUGGCACUUCCGGCUACCACCUACCUUUUUGGCGUAGCGGGCGCGAAGUUAAUAAGAAGAAUUAGAUUGAUGACAUUUGAGAAGAUUAUAAACAUGGAGAUAGAAUGGUUUGAUGAUCCCGAAAACUCAAGUGGAGCAAUUGGAGCAAGACUAGCUGCAGAUGCAGCUACAGUCAGAGGUCUUGUUGGCGAUGCCCUUUCGUUACUUGUUCAGAAUAUCACAACUCUAGUUACUGGUUUGGUGAUUGCUUUUACUGCAAGCUGGCAACUCUCUUUAAUUAUCUUAGCUUUGAUUCCUAUCAUAGGAAUCAAUGGAUAUGUCCAGUUUAAGUUCUUGAAGGGAUUUAGCGAGGAUGCAAAGAUGAAGUAUGAGGAAGCGAGUCAGGUGGCUACUGAUGCUGUAGGAAGUAUUAGAACAGUUGCUUCAUUUUCCGCAGAAGAUAAGGUGAUGGAUUUGUACAAGAAGAAAUGUGAAGCUCCAACGAAAGCGGGAGUUAGGCAAGGUCUCGUUAGUGGUAUUGGUUUUGGCCUUUCAUUUUUCUUGCUCUAUUGUGUGUAUGCUCUCUGUUUCUACGCGGGAGCCCGGCUAGUUGGAGCUGGGAAGACAACAUUUGGCAAAGUUUUUCGAGUUUUCUUGGCUCUUUCUAUGGCCGCGGUUGGAAUUUCUCAGUCCAGUUCACUGGCACCAGAUUCCAGCAAGGCUAAAACUGCAACUGCUUCAGUAUUUUCCAUUCUCGAUCGCAAGUCCAAGAUUGAUCCAAGUGAUGAAUCUGGGAUGACAUUAGAAGUAGUUAAAGGAAAUAUUGAGUUUCGGCAUGUCAGCUUCAAAUACCCUACAAGACCAGAUGUGCAGAUUUUCCAAGAUUUAUGCCUGACAGUUCAGUCUGGCAAGACUGUUGCACUGGUGGGGGAGAGCGGGAGCGGGAAAUCUACUGCAAUAGCAUUGCUGCAGAGAUUUUACAAUCCUGAUUCCGGUCACAUACUGAUAGACGGAGUAGAAAUCGAAAAAUUUCAACUGAGGUGGUUGAGACAGCAGAUGGGAUUGGUGAGUCAAGAGCCUGUUUUAUUCAACGAAACAAUUCGGACAAACAUUGCGUAUGGAAAGGAAGGAAAUGCCACAGAAGCGGAGAUCGUAGCUGCUGCAGAGUCUGCAAAUGCCCAUAAGUUCAUAUGCAGUUUGCAGCAGGGUUAUGACACCAUGGUCGGAGAACGCGGGAUCCAGUUAUCAGGUGGGCAGAAACAAAGAGUAGCCAUUGCAAGAGCCAUAGUGAAAGAACCUAAAAUCUUACUACUCGAUGAGGCAACAAGUGCACUCGACGCAGAAUCAGAAAGAAUAGUCCAAGAUGCACUAGACCAAGUAAUGGUGAACCGAACAACAAUGGUGAUCGCUCAUCGAUUAUCAACAAUCAAAAAUGCAGAUUUGAUUGCAGUUGUUAAAAACGGUGUCAUUGUGGAGAAGGGAAAGCAUGACAAACUAAUUAACAUCAAAGACGGAGCUUAUGCUUCUUUAGUAGCACUUCAUUCUAGAGCUUCUACUUAGUGUACCAUGUGUUUCAAUUGUUGUAAUUUAGCUUCUUGUUUCUCAGUUUUGCCGGUAAACACGUUGCGAGGUAUAAUUAACUCGAUGUAUUUUGCUUAUAAAUUUGCAGAUAUAAAAAUUAAUAAAGACUACAUCAAAAGAUGCAGAGGUUGAGGUGUCAA